AUGGAUUCCGGCUUCGCGACUGCCACUGCAACCGAUACGCGAGCCUGGCUGUGGGUCGCCAGCUUCCUCUCGCUCAUCUACAGUCUGCUCUGUCUGGCCGCCCGCUUCACUGGAAAAUGGGAUUUGCUCUGGUGGGAUGAUCUCAUCCUGAGCGGUGGCUACUUGUCCGCCAUUGUACAUUGGGGUUUCUUGUUUCAAGCAUUUACAAGUGGAGUGGGAGUGGCUUCCAUUGCCAUUUCACGCCAUCAGCUCAAUGUCGCUGCAAAAAUGUAUUUCGGGUCCCGCAUACCAGGAUUCGUUGCCCACUGCCUCGCGAAGCUCUCCAUCCUCGUCUUCACACGCCGAAUCUUCGCUGGCGAUAUCUACAAGGAAAGCGUCUUCUUUGGCGUAUCCUACGCCGUGACAAUCGUAUAUGGAGUUCUCGGAGUACUCCUCAGCUCUGCAGGAUGUCGUCCCGCAGACAGCUUGAACCCAAGCGUCAAUGCGGUUUGCGACUUCAAUACCGCCCGCUGGACCAUCAUAACCGCCUUCGACGGCCUAACCGAACUCAUCAUCCUCGCCAUGCCCAUCUGGUUCAUCAGCAAAAACCAACUCAAAGCCAGCAAAAAGCGCAUCGUAAUCUUCGUCUACAUGUUCCGCCUAAUCGUCAUAGGCUUCAGCAUAGCCACAACCUCAACCUACUUCGACUUCCUCAAAACAAACUCCAACGACCCCAUCGACAUCGCCCCCACAAUCGCCUGGCAAGAAGUCUCCCUCGGCUUCAGCCUCAUCUCCGCCUCUUUCCCUUGCCUUCGCUCUUUCCUCUGGGCGUUCAUGUCCCGAGGUCUCAUGACAAUGUACGGGAAUACGACUGCUUCAGCAUCGGAAUCGAGAUCACAGAACCAGAGUGUGCAGUUACGUUCCAUGAAUAAAUCUUAUGCUUCGCAAGCGGAUCGCGAUCCGAGUGGUGGGGGUCCGAGGUUAAGGCCUGAGAGAGCGUUGGAGUAUAGUGUACACGUGCGAGGGGAUGCGCCGACGAGUUCUUUGGCGGCCAGCAGAAAGAAGAGUCAGAUUGAUCCUUAUGGAUCAAGGAAGAGAAGUGAUGAUUCGGAUCAGAUGAUUAUUCAUCAUGAGACGAGUUAUCGUGUGGAGAGUUCGUAUUGA